UAUAAGCUAGGCUCGCGAACCUUAUCUGCGUCAUAUGACAGUUGCCGAAAAAGUAUUGCGAAGUUAAACAUGAGCGGAAAAAGCAAAACCGGUGGCAAAGCUAGGGCUAAGGCCAAGACUCGUUCAUCUAGGGCUGGGCUCCAGUUUCCGGUCGGUCGUGUUCACAGACUGCUCCGCAAAGGAAACUACGCCGAGCGCGUCGGCGCAGGUGCCCCAGUCUACUUGGCCGCCGUGCUCGAGUACCUUACGGCUGAGAUCCUUGAGCUGGCUGGAAAUGCUGCUCGGGACAAGAAGACCCGUAUCAUUCCCCGUCACCUGCAGCUUGCAGUGCGUAACGACGAGGAGCUGAACAAGCUCCUGGGCGGCGUCACUAUCGCUCAGGGCGGCGUUCUGUCUAACAUCCAGGCUGUGCUGCUGCCCAAGAAGACCGAGAAAGCCAAGUAACUCUCGCAGCGUCCGACACUGAACCAAUAACCCAAAUGUUCUUUUAAGAGCCACGCACUCAUGUCUUUUUAAAAGUGCGAAACUGCCCUUUACUCGCCGUCGAAGUUUUAACCCAGCGAGAACUGAGCCACGCGUCAAGGAGUCGAGAAUUUGUUGCUACUUCGCUGGCCGGCUGUCCACAUUACCACGUGAGUCGCCUCGCAUCACUGUAUGAAUACCCAGCAGCAGCAAUGGCUGUAACUCUGUGG